GAAAACUAAACUACACCUAUUAACCUUUCACUACAUAAUUUCAACUUUCAAAGUGAUCCCCCUUUAUACGUAAAGUACGUACGUUUUAUUUGUGGAAAUUGUGAACGUAUAUAAUAUAUACAUCGCAUUCACGAUGCACUAGGUUUCUCGGAAAAUUGAUAAAUUGUACAAAUUUUGUCUGUCAGUAUUUUCUAUGCACAUUGUACACGCGACAUCAUGUAAUGAUAUAGAUAAUCAGGUAAUUUGCCAACCCACUCACCCGGCUGCUUAAAACAUGCAUAUACUUUGACGCACGAGAGGUUCAACGCUGCUAUGUUCUCGCGAGAAUCGAUAGUUUUAGGGUAAGAGACAGCUAGAGAGGAUGGGGAUGAAGAAGAAACGUUAUGCACGCGUCAUAGUCAGUUGUCAAGUGACAAAUUGAUUAAUGAAGACUAUUAUUAAUGCUUAAUUACAUUGCUAUGCGCUAUUAAAGAUGCACGUUCACGAGAUUAGUCCGGAAGUGUCUAGUUUCGAGGAUGGUAUAUUGGAAUGAAGAUGCUGUUUACGCAUUAUCGAGUUAUAAGGCUUUGGCAUGGUUUGUAGGCACAUGGCCGAUUGAAGAUAAUACUUUAUAUUCAAAGCUGCGUUGGUUGUUUGCGAUCGUAAGCGAGAUCUUGCUAGUAAUAACACUGCUGAUGGAAGUUUACCUCGCCUGCGAGAAUUCUUCCGGGGAUCCGAUUGAUACAUACGUGGUGACCGCAAGUGCGAUGCUGGUAAUUGUGAAACUCACUCUGCUGCGGUUGCAGCGAUCCACACUGUCGACCAAUUUGUUCUCCGCUAUUCAGGACUGGUGUAGCGUCGAGGAUGCGAAAUCGCGCGACAUCAUGAUCCAGCAUGCACGCAUGGCGAGAAUAAUAUCACUAUCCCUGUUUUAUUCCGGAUUCUUUGCUUUUAUGUUGUAUAUGUUGCGGUUGUUACCCGUUGUGACUGCCAAUGAGAGGACAUUUUACCUCCCGACGUCUUGUCUCUUCGAGUCUGUCACCAGCCUCCAGUAUGUCCUCAUUACGUUCUAUCAGGUGGUACAGUUAUUCAUUGCAUAUGCCGGAAACUGUUGCACGGAGGGGAUUUUCGUCGGUAUCACGCUGCAUCUCUGCGGACAGCUCGAACUUCUUAUGAUCGACUUCCAGCAGAUCAGUCGGCGCAGGCACAAGCAGAAGAAGGGCAGCCUCGUUGAAGAAUUUGUCGUCAGACAUCGGCGAUUGCUAAGGCUCACCGAGACUAUCGAAGAUACUUAUAAUAUUAUAAUUUUGACUCAGAUCUUCACUAGCGCCAUUUUGAUAUGCAUAACAGGUUUCGGACUCAUCGAAUCUUUGCAUGUUCACGACACAAUCAUGACAACGAAGAGCAUUGUAAUAAUGAUUGUCAUGUUGCUGCAAUCCUUUAUAUAUUCAUUUGCGGGUGAUAAUUUGAGAGAUCAAAGCGAGGCUCUGUCCUUCGCGGUUUACGACAGCAACUGGUGCGAUUUUUCGACUGACGAUAUAAGAGAUUUAACAUUUAUUAUGAUAAAAACGAAUAUACCUAUCCGUCUGACAGCCGGAAAGUUUUUCUACGUCACGCGUGCCACAUUUACGGAUAUCCUGAAGACUGCCGUAUCCUAUUUAUCCGCCUUACGUGUUAUGAUUGGAAAAGAAGGAGCGAACAAUUGAAAUAUUAUAUAGUUAAAC